AUGACACAAGGACCACUACCCACCCCACUUGUCGGCCACGACGGAGACUGUUCCAGAGGAACGCAAGUGAAAUUCGACUCACUCAAGAAGCAUAUCAACACCCCGGGAUUUUCUUUCGAAACUACGCAACUAUCGUUCGCAUCUAGGUUCGGGGGGGAUGUACCUCGAAACCCGGAAAUCAAUGCCUUCCUACGCGACGAAGAGUUAUAUGACUUCGCCGAGGAGGAGUGGGCCACAAUCACUCAAGACAUCGGCCACAGCUGCCUCGUCGUUCAAAUCCAACGGCUUAUGACCCGGCUCGUAAAUUACUUCAAGUACACGAGUAGAAAAGUGCGGACACUCCGUCAGCAGCCAGUGGCAGUUAACGUGUCCCACAAAGAUAAGAGCGACGAGCAGUGGAACCUGCAGGCCGUGCCCGACAUUGUGGUCACAGGAGCAGGAUGGGCUUAUCGACCGCGGCACAAGGGCGAAGAAAUCGACUUGAAGUCUUGGGAAGGAAAUAUCCUGCAGACUUCAAGCGCUAUAAUUGUGCGCUUUGAUGAGGAGUUGGAGACCACGGAAGAUAGGAUUAAGUUGGAGGCUGCAUUCUACGCUCUGGAGCUUUUUCGCACCCAGGGAAAUCGUCUCUUCUGCUUCGUCCUCCUCGUCACCGAGGAGAGAUGCAAGCUCUUCUAUUACGACCACGGAGGCUGUCUGGAGACACCUCUAUUUUCCAUCCACGCCGACCCAGUCCUUUUCGUGUGGUACCUCCUCCUUGUAUCAUCCCCGAACAACGAGGUUCUUGGUUUCGACAAGACAAUACGGUGGAACUCUAAACUGAAUAUUCGUACACUCGUGACGGACAAUGAAAACAAGGAAGAUGUUCAAUACCGCCUCCUGGACCUUGACCCGGUCUUUCGACCACGAAAGAUCAGAGGACGAGCUACCACCUGCUGGGAGGUGGAGGGAAAGGAUGGCGAGCGUAAAUUCGUUAAGGAGGCCUGGAGGAAGGAUAGCUCGACCGUAGCGCCCGAAUGGACCAUGCUUCAACGGACAAAAGGAAUUGAAGGCGUCGGAGAGAUGACUGCAUACGAGCAAGAUUGGAGCUUGGACAUGCUCAGAUACCCUUUCAGCCAUCCCCAGUUCGACAAUCGAAUUCGCGUUCGUACAACUAUGAAGGCCUAUGGGAAGACCCUGGAUUUCUUCGACAGUCGAGAGGAACUGUUGUACGCGUUUCGCGAUGCUGUCGCUGGGCAUCGAAACUUAUGGGACGCAGGCAUCCUGCAUCGGGACGUCUCCAUCAAUAACAUCCUACUCGGCAAUCCCAACGCGCCGCCGGGCCAACGAGGCAUUAUAAUUGAUCUCGAUAUGGCCGUACAACUAGGGGCCAAAGUCGCGCUCCCAAAAGCAUCGAAGCGGGUGGGAACUCCUCCAUUCAUGUCUACGAACAUAUUGGCAUUUUCGAUCAAGAAGAAUAAGCCGAACCCACCGAGACGUGAUUGCCAUAGCCAUUUAGACGACCUGUGGUCCUUUUUCUAUGUUCUUUGCUGGGUGUGCUUCUCUGCCCCGGGUCCCGAAAGGACGAAGUACGAGAAAAUUCUGGACAUGUGGGGUGAAGAUGGCAAGAGGUCUCUACAAGCAAAGCGCGCGUUCCUCCUCGGCAUAGAGCUCGGAAACCACAAAGUCCCACCUUCCUUUGGUCCUAUAUUCGACACCCUGGUCUCUGGCUUGUACGAGUACUUGGCUGACAUCGACGAAACUUUCCGCAAGACUCUUCUUGCUCUCGCGGACGGGGCGCAAGGCGUAUUCAGAGGAGAUGUGGAUAAGUAUGCGCAGAAACAUUACGAGGGUUACUUGAAGAUCGUUGAUGGGGCUAUUGAGGCCGCCGGGAAGGAGAGACAAGGACAGGCGGUAGUGGCACCGCUAGGAGACCUUACUUUGAAUACUCCGCAGGGGAAGAAGAAGACGGGGGCACAAGAGAAAGGCGAAGCAAAGAACGCUGAGAAACAGAAAGGGAGGACAAAGGCGUGA